UUAAUGUCUAUGGUCAUCUUCUCGUGAGACCUUGUGACAGUUAGUCUGUAAUUAUAAAUAAUUUCUCCUUUACAUUCCAGUAGUCAGUAGGUGAUUAUAUUCUGAAGUCUGCAGAGAUGUCAGAGGUUGAGGAAACUCUAAAAAGGAUCCAGUCUCAUAAGGGAGUGGUUGGAACUAUAGUUGUAAAUGCUCAAGGGAUACCAAUUCGGACAACACUAGACAACUCUACCACACUCCAAUAUGCUGCACUUUUGCGUCAGAUUACAAUACUGGCUAGAGGCACGGUGAGAGAUAUUGACCCACAGAAUGACCUUACCUUUUUACGGAUGAGGUCUAAGAAGCAUGAAGUCAUGGUGGGAUUGGACAAGGAUUUUUUGUUUGUAGUGGUUCAAGCUCCAAGUGAAUAGCAUGGCUGCAGAUUUCUCUUCACGUUCUGUGGAAACCAUUCACUUGCUUCAGGGCUAGUAGACUGAUCUCAAGUCCUCUGAUGUCACUUCAGGUUCCUCCAGCAUCACUCCCAGUUCCUGUGCCUCUGGACCUGCCUCUUCCUGUCUAGUCUCCAUAUAAACUGCCAUUUUAACCCUUGAAUUCAGUGCCAUUUUGAACUCAGUCUGUAAAAUCUACUUUUUUUCAACCUGCUUUAUCCAAGUCUAUGGAGUGGAUACCCCAACACUUUGUGUUUUGUGCUUAUUUUACAAUAUGUUCAUUCUGUGUCAUUGCAGAGGACUGCAUUCUAGUGCAUGACAUUAUAAUUUUUUGUCUUGCUUA